AUGGGUGAGACGAAUUGGGAUGGCUUCAAGCUAUGGACCAAAUCUACCUGCGAGCGACUCAGCACCUCAGAAGCCGCUCGAGUUGUCAACGACAAGCCUAAGAUUUUGUUUUAUGGUGCGGGCUUAGUCUGCCUUGCAGUAUGGUUGUUAAUACGAGCUGCAACGAUGUUCAAGAAACCGAGAUAUGCCAGACCGAGAACACCUGAUCUGGAGAAGCCGACUUUCAAGAACGGUAAAGCACAGAGACCUUUAGGAGUGUGGGAGGCUAUGCAGUUCAAACGCCCAACAGCAGUUCCAUUUCCUAAUUGGGAUGUGCAGCAAACGAAGCCAAAUCCAUACCGUCCAUUUCGCUAUGGAGCCUAUCACAUUACUAUGGGUUUACGCAACAUGGAUUGGAAUGAAUGGAUAGAAUUGGAUAACCAAUACAUGAAAUUCCAUGACGACAAAGCUAAACGUAUUAUCGAACGUGGCGCUAGAUCUUGCUAUACCGAUCCCUCAGCGUUUGAUGGUGCUGUUGAGCUGCUUGAAGAGCUUUGCGCGUAUCUCCCAGAACGUUACCCCACACUUUACAAACGCACUCCAGUUGGCAUGGACAAUCUUCUCACUAACGAAUCAUUCAAUAUUGUUGAAAGGCCACUUGCAGAGGAUCCAAUGCAAAUGGCAGCCCGCUUCACGCAAGAUGAUUUGGCAAUCAUGUUUGAGAAGGAAGACGGACAGUACUAUCUUCUUGCCGGCGCGAUUUUACUCGCAGGAUUUUGGCGUUUGGAGGAUAAAUUAGGCAUGCCGCUGAGCGAGAUACACACUUCUGGCGACGUACCAGGGUACCAAGCGAAGUUGGAGAAAGGAAUGAUGAACUUUUUCCGCAGAGUUCAGCCCAAUGGACCCGUGCAGCGUAACAACUAUUUCAUUCAAGUAGACGAUCAACUUGCAUGGUCAUCAAGCAUUGGCCCAGAAACUGGAGCGCCCGGUACUGUAAGUUGGGACACUGCGGAGAAAAAUAAAGCCGUUGAGCAUCAUUGGUUUCGUUCCGAACGGCAGUCAUUGAGGAGAUUACCGAGAUCUGGCGGUGUGGUGUUUACUAUCAGAACAUACUUCCAUCCAAUUACGGAGAUAUGCGAAGAGCCGUAUGUACCGGGCAGAUUGGCAAGUGCUGUGAGGAGCUGGGGUGAAGAUGUGAGUAAGUACAAGGGAAAGGAGAAGUAUGGUGAGGUACUAUUGGAGUAUUUGGAUAAGAAACAUAAGGAGCAAGUCGAAGCGGGCCUUGAUUUGGAGAAAGAGGAAGAAGUCAGAGCGUAUCCUUAUUAA